AUGGACCCACUGCUGGCCAAGGCUGAGCCCAUCAGCAACGAUGGCACCACCUCUGGGAUAGCUUAUUUAAGAAGGAAGUUAUUUUAGAAGGAGAGAAUACAUCUGAGAAACAAGAUGUCUCAAGCUGGGAGUCGAUACCAAGAUAAGCAAUACCGGCGCCAUGAGAACCAUAGAUCUGAUAGAUACAAGGAAGACAGAAGAGCAAGAAAACCAUACCCACACAAUGCAAGAAAGGCUGAAGACAUCCGAGGUGGCCAGCACUCAAGGACUUCUCCUGUUUGCUCAGACGCUUACUCUAAGACCUCAGGAGCAACACAGGAGUAUUUUGGCCCACCACCAGAGUUUUAUCCUCCCAAGGAAAGCUUCUCAAUGAAGUGUUCAAAGGUAUGCACAACAAGAGGCAUUUUGAAGUUCGUGGAAAUCACGGUUAACCUCCUGGUGCUGAUUUGUGUGGGCGCUUCCCAAGCCUCUGUUGCAGGCUUCACAUCCCUCGGAGGCUUUGGAUCCUUUAACCUGAAUUCAGCCUACAGCCCCUUUGAGGGCACAGAGCUGCGGGAGGUGAGGGACCUGGACAUGCAGUUCACCCAGAUGAGAGCCCCUUGCGUGUACGGCGGGGUGGCCUUCAGCUUGACAGCGGCCACGCUCACCCUCGUCUUCCUUGUCGUGGGGGCAAAACCCAUCCAUCAGCUCCGGAUGGGGCUGCUGGUAGGCGAAUGUGCCUUCAGCCUGCUGGCUGGCCUGGCGUACCUGGCGGCCGUGGGGCUCUACCUGCACUUUGUCAGGCAGGUGAACGCCACCGAGGUGUGCAGGCGGCGCGAGCGGCUCUACGCGCGCCGUGGCUACACCUCCAUGAACUGCGACGUGCAGGGCGGCGACGCAGCCGUCGGCCUCUUCGGGGUCGUGGCUUCCUGCCUGUACUUUGCCAGCUUUGUGCUCUGCAUCCUCGCUAUCCGCACCGUGCGGGCCUUCCAGAGCCACGCAGCCAAGGCUCAGCACAGCCCCAAAGGCAGCCUUAGAGACAGAAGCGUCAGAAACCACCACGCCGUGCACAGGACCUCUGGAAGCUCCCACAGCAUCCAGGCUCUUGCCACGUUAGUGUGA